GUGGAUGUCAGGUAUAAUUAGCAAUCGAUAUGGAAAACGGUUUAAACCCCGUAUAUGACGUCACCGGCGAUUAACGUUUCUUAUUGGUCCCAAAUUCCCCAACGCGGAGGCUAAUCAUUCGGAAAGGGGAAGUCGAUGUUGACAAAGUAAAGGGGAGAAAAAAGGCGCGUGCGCUUUCUGUUCUCCGCUUAUUCCUUAUUCGAGGGCGCAAAGCAUGUCCACGUUCUUCCGUCAGCCGUUGCUGUAUGCGCUUUAACAGAGAGUUGGAGGUUGUUCGUGAACACGAACCCUUGUUUCGGGAGAUGAGAUGAUGGACAGUAGGAUACUCGAGCACCCUCAUGCCCAAUUUGGAAGCUCCAUGGGUGGAAUGGUCGGGGUAGGCUUUCCGUACCACCUCAGCCACCACCACGUUUACGAUCUCUCUGGACACCAGCUGCAGUCCGCGGCCACCGUACCAUUUUCUAUAGACGGAUUACUAAACGGAUCCUGCUCAGCAUCUGUGGUUAACUCCGGUUCCUUGCUCGCAACCGGCUGUACCGUAAACGGGGACAGUCAACAAUACAAACUCACCGAUGCCGGAGACCCAGACAAAGAGAGCCCCGGGUGUAAACGCAGACGCACCCGUACAAACUUUACCGGGUGGCAGCUGGAAGAGCUCGAAAAAGCAUUCAACGAAAGUCAUUAUCCGGAUGUGUUUAUGCGCGAGGCUCUUGCACUACGGCUGGACCUUGUUGAGUCACGUGUUCAGGUCUGGUUUCAAAAUCGGCGAGCGAAAUGGCGGAAAAAGGAAAAUACCAAGAAAGGACCCGGCCGACCCGCUCACAACUCUCACCCAACAACCUGCAGCGGGGAGCCGAUGGACCCUGAAGAGAUCGCGCGACGAGAGUUGCAGCGCGUGGAGAAAAAGAAACGGAAACAGGAACGCAAACUACUCAAGUCACAGAACAAGCUUUUAGCAGGGGAACUUCUUCAUACGCCUGGAUCGGACAGUGACAGUGGAGUCUCGCAAAGCACAGAUAGUGAGACCGCUCAACGUAGCGGGGCAGUGUCUAACCCACAUACCCAUCAAACUGAACAUGCCUGUGACCAAACCCCGCGGCACCAAAGAACCGGUGCAGGUCACGAAAUUGCCGAGUCAACAGACUCUCCCCGGAACUCAGCUCUGUGCCCCACCAGCGACGUCACGCGGCCUUCCGCAUUUCAGAAGCUUUGCCCUUUUAGCGUGGAGAGCUUACUGGCCGACUCAAGUCCCAGGCGGAAACCCGUGCUGGAAUUUCCUCAGCUACCAUCUCAGAGACCUCUGGUUGGCAAAGGCCAUUUCUUGUUGUAUCCCAUUACACAGCCUUUGGGUUUCAUUGUGCCGCAGACUGCGAUGAAAUCGGGUCAGGAUGCAGGUAUCUCUAGUCACAGAUGUUCUACCACAGACGACUCAAACCAAAAUGCUCCCCAGUUAAAUUCUGGAAAUGCUACAAGAAGUAAAAAUCACAUAUGCAGCGGCAGUGGCACCAACAGCUACGGGAUUGAAGAUAAAGGGCUGAACAUUUGCUUGAAGGAUAGUGAAAACGGCUCUGUCCUUACUCCUAUAAAAAGAUCAGACAGAACUACAGUAGCUUCUGAUGCGGCUAAUCUACCACAAACUACGGUUUCAAAUGCAGUUGAGUCAGAUCUCACGAACAAAGCCGUGAAAGAAAGCCCGUCCCUGAAAUUGUCGGAUUGCUCGGACACGAGAACACACAGUUCGUCUGAUACAAAUAUAAAUUGAGAAGAUGUGGAUAUGGACUGAAAACGGAUCGAACAUGGAGACAAGGAGACUUGUCACGUUCCCAAAGCUUAUCACGACACAUUUUUGUAUACAAGACUUUUGAACUACUUUUUAAAAAACAUUUUUCAAAACGGAUAUUCUUCAUUCAGGUGGAUUAUAGGUUUUUGUUGUUUUCUUUCAUUUAAAUAGUCCUAUUAAAUUGGACUCUCCCGAGGGGAAACGUGUAGUCGGGAUAUUAGAACAACGUGAAUCCUCAAACAUUGUAAAAACGAUAAAGUAUCAAAGAUAUUUAUAUAUGUAACAUUUU